GUGGGGGCCUCAAACAGAUUCCUACAAGCCACAACAUUUUCUCCAGAAGUUCAACACAUUCCAAAUCAUUCAGAGAGUAACAAAGCCUCAAAAACUCCCCAAAUUUUCUCCAUUCCUCCCCCUUCUCUCUCCACACAAAAUUCCCCCAAGAAACAGAGGUGCAAAUGGAAGCACUGCGCCCAAAAUUUGACCUCAACCCAGCCCACAUCUCUCCAAUCUCAAAAAAACUACCAAGACCCACUUCAGUAUCUUCCAAAUACCACACACCCAGAAAAUGCAGAGUGUUUGUUCCUCAAAACUCGUUAUUCAGAACAAAGUCUGUUGCGCAAAUUGAUAGUCCCAGAUGCAGCAAUACGAGUGUGAUAAAUAGUGGUAAAGAAGUGGUUGAAUCUGUUGCGAGAGGAGUUGUCGGUUUUACGGCGGCGGCGGCGGUGGCAGCUGUUUGCAUUUGCUGGGACUCUCCGGCUACUGCGGAAUCCUUAACGGUUGCAUUUCCUGUUUCUCGUGCUCGUGAGGUGAAUACAGUUCAGAGAACUCUUGUGGAAGCCUGGGGCUUGAUCAGAGAGACCUUUGUUGAUCCCACCUUUAAUCAUCAAGAUUGGGAUUCAAAGCUGCAGCAAACAAUGGUUGAAAUGUUUCCACUCAGGUCGGCAGAUGCAGCAUACAACAAGAUCAGCGGAAUGCUUUCCACACUUGGAGAUCCCUUCACUCGGAUUAUCAGUCCGAAGGAAUAUCAGAGUUUUAGGAUUGGUAGCGAUGGGAAUUUGCAAGGAGUCGGCCUCUUUAUAAAUAUGGAGCCCAAAACUGGGCAUUUGGUUGUUAUGUCUUGUGUAGAGGGUAGCCCAGCUGCUCGUGCAGGUAUACAUGAAGGGGAUGAGUUGGUCGAGAUAAAUGGAGAGAGUCUAGAUGGUAUUGAUAGUGAAGCAGCAGCACAGAAGUUGAGAGGGCGUGCUGGAACAAGUGUCACUGUGAAACUCCACAAUGGUACUGAUUCGGAAAGCAAUUCCGGUUUUAGAGAGGUCAAUCUACCUCGGGAGAUUAUUAAGCUUUCCCCUAUAUCCAGCACGAUCAUCCCUCAUAGAACUCAAGAUGGCCGUCUUUUGAAGACCGGAUAUGUGAAGCUAUUAGCUUUCUCUCAGAAUGCUGCCGUUGAUAUGGAAAACACAGUUCAUGAGAUGGAGGAUCAGGGUGUAGAAUCAUAUAUACUGGACCUGCGGAAUAAUCCGGGAGGCUUGGUGAAAGCAGGACUUGAUGUUGCCCGAAUAUGGCUAGAUGGAAAUGAGACACUUGUCAACACAAUUGAUAGGGAUGGCAAUAUGGCACCUAUCAACAUGGCUAGUGGCCAUGCCUUAACACAUGAUCCGCUUGUUGUUCUCGUGAAUGAGGGAAGUGCAAGUGCAAGUGAGAUUUUGGCUGGAGCUCUACACGACAAUGGCCGGGCUAUCCUUGUUGGGCACAAAACCUUUGGGAAAGGAAAAAUUCAGAGUGUUACGGAGCUCCAUGAUGGAUCUGCUCUGUUCGUCACGGUAGCAAAGUAUUUAUCGCCGGCACUUCAUGACAUAGAUCAAGUUGGCAUAACCCCCGAUGUACAGUGCACGACAGAAAUGCUGAAUUCUCCACCCAAGGAAAGAAACGUUUUGGGGUCGCCAUUGGAAGCCGAUUCUUGUAUUAUGGUAGCAGAGCAUGAGUUGGACGUUCAGGAGUCCAAAGGUGCUGCCUCGUAAACUAAGUUGUCUUUGUAGGCAUAGAAUCGAAUAUAGAUAACAUUACGAAGGGAUGGUGGAAUUAAAUUUCCAUUCCUAUUCUAUUUCAGAUGUAUAUGCAAAUUUGGGAGGUUGAAUGGAUAUUGUAGAUAACAAAUCAUCAGUUAAUAGUAGUGAAUACUAGAAUGAGAGAAGAAAAAAAGUACUUUCAUAAUUUUCUUUGUCAAUAACUGCUGGUUUUAGGAAAAUGUCAUUACUUCUAUGAACGUUUCAUAUUUGCUUCA